UUAAACUAUAACGGAUUUUUUUCGCGUCAUUGUAAGAUUAUCAAGAGAUAGUUCACAUCUUCGCGAUUAGCCUACGUCUUUCGAUGCGUUGGAAUUAUAUUUUUGGAGCUUUUAUUUUUCUGUUUGUACAGUAAUUAAGACUAAGCUGUUAAGAUAAAAUCGAUCAUACAUUAUUUUGAGAAAAAGGUUUUGGUUUUGGAGUUUCAUUACAAAAGUGUCAUUUCAAAUUUUUCGGGUCCACGGAGUUUAUUUACAUCCUUCGAUUUUUAAUUUAAAAAUUUGAAUUUUUUCAGUUCUCUUGAGGGAGUCAUGUGGGCACGAGCGCUGGUUCAUUACGGAGUCGAUCGCCUACAAUAUUCCAGCGCAACUCGCAAGGGAUUCUAACUCUGGUUUGUGGCCAUUGAAAUCGCCGGUCGCCAAAUCAGUCAGCCUCUUUCAGUAACCUGACCCACAAUUGCCGCAGUAGGCUGUCGCCGGAAAGCAGUAAAUAUAUUUCUGUUUGAAAACUUUUCAUCGUUUCCGCAUCAUCCCGAUCAGCUAUCGUGGGCGCCGGAGGAAAUUCAUUUUCCUUCGCAAUGAGCAGCUUGAAAGUUUUGGUUUAUACGCUCGCCAUUACCGUUUGGCUAGGAGUGUCUUCCACAUCAAUGAGUCCAUCAGCAACUGUCUCAGUGACAGCUAUGGACACCGCAGCUGAUGCUUCUGGCUCUGUUAUGAUAUCUAGUAAUGGGAACUCCUCACAGUUACAUGCAGUGUCUUCCACAUCAAUGAGUCUAUCAGCAACUGUCGCGGCAACAACUUCAAAUGUCACCACCAAGGCUUUCCCCUCAUCAUUACCGUCUGCAAAGAAAGGCAACCCCUCUGUUGUGGAAUCCAACACUACAGAUUCGUCUUCGUCACAACCUGUGUCGGCCACGUCAAUGGUUCAGUCACAAAAUAGUGUCUCAGUAGCAACCUCGUUCAAUUCCAUAACUCGGUCAUUAUUUCCCUCUGUGAGUCAGAGCCGUAUCUUGGCUGUCUCGAACAAUUCUAGUUUGUACCAAACCAGAUCAGAAACCUCGGUCUUCCGAUCAAUGACUCAAUCACCAACGGUUUUACCAACAAAGAAUAUGAACAUCUCAGCAAAUUCCCCCACUCUAGCACUUUCUCAAUCUAUGGAUGGUGGCAAUAACUCUGUGAAUAUUUCCAGAUCCUCAUACAGCGCUCAUUCUUCCUUUAUUUCCGAAAUCUCACCACGGCUUCACAGCCCUCUUCCUUCCUCUAGCGCAGUCUUCAUAGGAAAGGCAAGUGUUUCAACCUACGUGGCUGCUAAAGUUACAUCAAAUGAGACGCCUUCAGUGUGCAUGCCAUCGGCAUCAGGUCAAUCAUCAAAGAAAACCUAUUCUUCAUACUCUGCGGUAGUGCAAUCCUCCAAUGUUAUCCAAUCGACACCUGUCGAGAGCUCCUCAGUAAGUGGUAAGUCGUCGUCCGAAGGACUGAUCACCAUGACAACACAGCAUCUCGGACGCUCCCUGAUAACAUCUAUGAAAAACAUAACUAUCUCAGCCAGAGUAAACGCUACACCAUCGUCUCCAAGUAUCUCACCCGUUACCUCUGCUGUUCAGCCGCGCCCAACCCUACCACCCCAGGGAACGAAAUUGAUCAACAUGGAGGUGUCGUUUGACUUGGCAUUUAAAGAGGAAUAUAACGAUCCAAACAGCCCGGAGUACAAGUCACUGGAGAGAAACCUUACGAUAGCCUUGGAGAACGUUUACAAAAGCCUCAAGGGAUUUGUUGGUGUCAGGAUUUUCUUAAUAAAGAAAGGAAGUGUAGUUUGCAGAUUCAUCGUCAUUCUAGCUAAGGAUUCCGAAGUGGAUGGGAAUGAUCUAACAGAAACUUUACAGAAGGCAAGCGAAAGUGGAAAAUUAGGAUACGUUGUAAAGAAUAUUGAAGUCAAAGUGGAGGCAACGACAGAAACUGUGGAAAAACUACCAGAAUGGGCCUUGGUUAUCAUGAUUCUGCUGGGAUGUCUGGCAUUUAUUUUCCUUAUAGCUCUGAUCCACUUCUGU